CGAAUUUUAUUUCUGCUGUAUUAAAUUAUAUUUGUUUUUUAGGUUAGUACAUUUGAUUAGGAAUGAUUCCAGUUUGCAUAAAGAGAAGGAUGAGUCUCAUCAAAAUUCCCCUGAUGCAACAGAUUCACAAGAUCCCAUGGUUCAACGCUGUGUAAUAAUUCAGAAGGAUGAGAAAGGGUAUGGCCUCACAGUUUCUGGAGAUAAUCCGGUUUUUGUCAUCUCUGUGAAAGAGGAUGGAGCUGCUGCAAGAGCUGGAGUGCAAGAAGGAGACAGAAUUAUUAAAGUCAAUGGCACGUUAGUCACCCAGUCAAAUCACCAGGAUGUAGUUGAGCUUAUAAAAUCUGGUUCCUAUGUCGCCCUCACUCUUUUGGGAAAAUCUCCUGGUCAUGCAAAAGGGUCUUUGAGUCCGCAACAAUCAUUUAAUUUAGUUUCAAAUACUUCUAGCCUAAACAUUAUCAAUUCUAACAAAUCUAGCCCAUCUGAUAGAAUUACUGGACCUCAACCAGUUGAUCCCGAGAAACAGCAGCAGCUUACAAAUUCCAGAAUUCACACAAUUCGAAAGAUGCUAGAAAAGGAAGUUGUCUAUCUCGAAAAUCUACGAACAGAGUAUUCGAAAACGCCAUCUGAAAAAAUGCGAUCAGAAGUUAAUGGUGCCGUUAAAAGAGUAAAGACUUUAGAAGAGCAAUUGUUAAGCCUGACUGGUAUUCCUCAUGAACAUAUAAUCACAAGAUCACCUAAAUCACCUACUUCCAGUCGCCAUAGUCAUGAUAAAGAAAAUCACCGAUCAGUUUCAUUUCCUUCACAUGGUCACCAUAAUCGUUCAUUAACACACCAAGUAUCUGCACCACAGUUACCUGCAAAUCAAGAUCAUGGACAUUUAACUCCAACCUCCCUAUCUCCAGAUUCUUCAGAUUCCAAGUAUCAUGUUACUCUACUACCCUGUAAUGAGAUGUCAAACAAAAGAGAGAGUGGUCAUUAUCCUGAAGUACAAAAACAGCCAAUAUCUACAUCUUUAGAAAAUAUUGUUAAACAUUUGAAUCCAAGAACAACAACAUGGCCUCAGCCAACUCAUACUCGUCAAAGUUCUAGCCCUGACACUAUUGUGCAUGGUUUUGAAAAUCGGAAGUGCCAAAAAAGCAAUGGAUGCACUGUACCACGGAGCGAGUCCUUGUAUCGGUCUCCUAGUGCAAUAUCCACUAUGUUUAACAAAAGUGUAAGUCCUGAAUCUGAAGUUAAGUCGAGCUUUCCUGCAAAUACAUCUAGGGGAUCAUCGUUUGGCCAGUAUGAUAGUGCAGUUGAAAGUCCUGUUCCAUCUCCACCUGUAACACCUACUGAACUGGUUGAAAAUCGAGGAAUUGAGGAUAGCUAUGAAGGAGACGAGUCUGCUCAUCCUGAUGACUAUGAAACACCACCUGAGUCCUCUGGUGAAAGCGGCCUUCAGUCAAUAAUUACUAAACUUCAAAAUCCCAAUAUCAUUUGCAUGGAAGAUGAUGAUUUUUCUUCUGAUACAGAAAUGGGCCAUUUAGACGAUCAUGGGCCAUUUAAUGGGCUUUUUAAACUAGUUAGAUAUCCUGCACACUUGGCUGUUUUUAUUCAUUAUUUAAUGUCCAACAGUGAUCCAUCAAGCCUGUUUUUUUACCUAAUAUCUGAGAUGUAUGAACAAGGUCCAGGAAGGGAAAUGAAGAGAUGGGCUUAUGAAAUACAUUCAAGUUUUUUAGUACCUGGUGCUCCUUUGAAAAUGCAAAUGGUUGAUGAAAAAAUUUUACAUGAAAUUGAUGAUGUUCUUUGCAAUCGUAUUGAAAAAGAAGAAGUUUUGCGGACUGUUUUUGAAAAGGCAAAGAACAAAGCAAAAGAAGAGGUUAAUGAACACUUAGCUGAAUUUCGAAAUAAGAGGACAAUGGGUCUUGCUAAUAUAUUUGGUCCUCCUGACUAUCAACUAGAGGAAGCAGUUCAUGAUAAAGCUAAAGAGUCAAAGAUAAUUGAACAGCUUUUGAUGCCAUACUUAGAAACUUAUUUUGAGGAUGUGGAAAGUGCUGAUGAUCGUACAUCUGCAAAAGCCUAUGCCUUAGCUACCUUUCUAAAGCAGUAUGGUGUAAAAAUGCAGCAGCAGUAUUCAUGUUUAAAACGAUGUCCAACGUUUGUUGCAAAGGAUAGUUCAAUUUUUAGGUUUUUGCAAAGAAAUAAAAAGCCAAUGUUUAUGCAAGGUCAUCAUUUUGUUCCUGAACACUAUCAGUCCGUAACUUAUUGCAAUCACUGCCAAUUAAUUAUAUGGGGAGUUGGUGAUCAGGGAUAUCAGUGUCAAAAUUGCGAAAUGAAUAUUCAUAAGUCAUGUGUUAAAGUAGUUGAAGAGCACUGCAUUGGAGCUUUGAGAAAUAAGAAAGACAAGGUUAAAGAAAGAAAUAAAAGGGAUCGUAAAACCAUAGAUAAAGACAGAACAUCUGGAAUUGUGCAAAACUUAAUUAGCAAAACUCGUAAGCCAAGCCAACCUGUUCCAUCUGCAAUUGAACGUGCAAAGCGACUGCAUGAGGAGUUACAGUCAGAAAAUUCUCUUACCGGUGCAGAUGCAAAUUCAAAAAUGUCUCACUCAGGAGAAAAGAUUAGUGAUUUGAGGGACUCCUCUGAUGCAAUGUUUGACAAUAUGGUUAAUUUAUCUAUUGUGGAGCAUUCUACCUCCAACAAGAAAAGUGCUGCGUCCAUCGGCCGGUCAGAGAGCUUCAGGCAGAGGAGGGAAAGUAGGCCUUCUUUUCGCAAAAGAAGUGAUCCAAACAUUCCACGUUCCAAGAGUGAUGUAGAUGUAGAUGAUAAGCACAAUUCUGCCCUAAAUGAAUCCCGUAGUUCUUCCAAUUCAAGUUUGUCUAACAGUCUGGACAGUCCGAGCAAUUCUUCGGAAAUGGUGCAUCGGACGCCCACUUCUGUUUCAGAAGACUUCAUGCCAUCCAACCACACUCCAAGUGGAGUCUCAACUGUCGGACACACUGUUCACACGUAUGAUGAUUCUGAUCUUGAAGCAGAUGUUGAUCCUCCUAAUUGGCAGGAGCACGUUGAUUGGGAAACCUUGAAGUUGAUGCAAUCCAAGGAAAAGAAAAGACAAGAUGUGAUAAAUGAGUUAUUUCACACUGAAAGGACUCACGUCAGAAAUCUGAAAGUACUCGAUAGGCUGUUUUACAAACCUUUGCUCCAAGAGCAGCUGCUUCCAGUAGAGGUUCUUCAUCUCCUUUUCCCUAACUUGGAAGAAAUGCUGGACAUUCAUAGUAACUUUAAUAACAAGAUGAAGGCUCGAAGAAAAGUGGAACCUGUGAUAGGAGACAUUGGACAGUUAAUGCUUGAGAUGUUUGAUGGCCAUGCUGGAGAACAUUUAAAACAUGCUGCAGCAACUUACUGUGAAAAUCAAUCAAUAGCAUUAGAAAGUCUAAAAAUGAGACAAAAGAAAGAUCAGAAACUAGCACAAUAUUUAUCGGAUGCUGAAGCUAAUAACCUCUGUAGGCGGUUGCAGUUGAAAGAUAUCAUCGCUUCUGGGUUUCAGAGGCUUACAAAAUAUCCUCUAUUACUUAGUAAUAUAGCAAAGCAAACUCCAUCUAACACCCAAGAGUAUACAGAUCUUGAACGUUCUGUUGCAUGUAGUAAAGAGAUUUUAAAACAUGUGGAUUCUGCUGUUAAGGAAGCUGAAAAUAAAUAUAGAUUGCAAGACAUUCAGAAAAAAAUGGAUAAAAGCUCAUUUGAAAAGUUUGAGCAUCCGAUUGUUAAGUGUUUUAAGAAUUUGGAUGUCACGAAGCAUAAAUUGCUGCAUGAAGGGCCUCUUACGUGGCGAUUUAGCAGACAGAAAACAGUCGAAAUGCAUGUGGUGCUCUUGGAGGAUUUAUUAGUUCUUUUUCAAAAACAAGAUGAAAAAUACAUAUUAAAAUUUCACAACACUAAACCUCACAACACAAACUUCAUCCCAUACUAGUGCACGUGAAGAUACUAAGAUUAUGCACAGUCCAAUUCUUCGAGUCCAUAACCUUCUCAUCAGACAUAAUGCUACAGGUAAAAAUAAAAUCUCUUGCUAUGAAUUAUUUUAUUAAAAUGGUUUGAUAAAUUUUCUUUUU